CAUCACCGUGCGUCCUCUGUGGCUGAAGACCCCUCUUGUUCAUACCGCAGUGUUUACCGUCUAAUUCAGAGACACGCGGCCUUUGUGUUGACCACAGCGGACUAGUAGGUCCUUACUUUGGGUCCACGGAGAACAAACUGGUCUUUUAUCGCCGGUUUACUUCAACAUGGAGUCCGGAGAGUCCGCGGAGGAGAAGACGGCUCCGGCGUCUGCGGCUCAGCGGAGAGCGGAGAUCCGCAGGAGGAAGCUGCUCAUGAACUCAGAGGACAGGAUGAACAGGAUCGUGGGCUUCACCAAGAUCGAGGCUGAAACCAAAGCCGGAGCGUCACUGCGUCCGACAGAACCUCGCUUCCAUCUCGAUCUCGACAGGACAGAGUGGUCCUCGUCUUUGCCGAGACCGACCCCUUUCCUGCCGGAGGCCUCCGGGCUCAGCAGCCGCUCCCACAGCGCCACCCCAGAGAGAAGGGGCUCGCCCCUGCCAGACAGCAGUGAGCCACACGCAGGCUCUAUAGAAGAUGACAUCAUAGGGGUCCGGCAGAGACCUAGGGGGGAGCGGGCAUCGGAUGACGUCGGCGGGCCCCCGCGCGAGGGCCUCCAAAAGUACCUGUCUCGUUUCGAUGAUGCCAUGAAACUGCGAGGUCAGCUGGCCAACGAGAAGGCGACCCAGGAAGGAGAGUCCGAGCCAGAGGAGUUUGAUCCCUUCAGAGUCUUCAGGCUCGUCGGCAGCAUCCUCCUCGCCAUCUUUGUCCGGGUUUUCGUCUGCAAGUAUCUGUCUAUAUUUGCUCCGUUUCUGACCCUUGAACUGGCCUACAUGGGGCUGUCCAAGUACUUUCCAAAGGUAGAGAAGAAGACCCAGACCACUGUGCUAACCGCUGCCCUGCUGCUGUCCGGCAUCCCCUCUGAGGUCAUCAACCGCUCCAUGGACACCUACAGGAGGAUGGGCGACGUCUUUGCCGACCUAUGCGCCUAUUUCUUCACCUUCAUCAUCUCGAACGAGAUCCUGCUCCUCAUUGGCUCAGAGACUCCUGAUGGAGGAGCAGGACCUCAGUAACCCAGCCCUCCUUCUCGUUGACCCCUCGUUCGGUUCCCCAUAGCAACAAGGCAUGCUUAUUUACGCCCUCUGAUGUGGGUUUGCCGUCAACAGUCUGGAAAUGAAUCCCUGCCGUGUUAUGACCAGGGUCACGCCUCAGCUGCACGAGAGCUCAUCUCUACAGCACUUCAGAGUUUAACCCAGGCUACAUGUAACCAGCGAGUCCAGUGUUUGCUCCAGAGCUCCUUGUUAUUUCUGCUUGCUACAGACGCUCGGAAACAUAAGAACAGUCUGUGUUUGUGUGACAGAUAUACAGGCGUUUAUAAUGACCAGUAAUAUUUAUUUAUUCAGGAAAUGGAAAACGUUACACCGAAAAGUGGAAGACAAUUGGUCUUAAAUUGCAAAGGGUUCAUUGAUUCCAUCUGACUUUUGUCCACCUCACAUGAAUCUUGUUGCACCAUCUUGAUAAAAAUAUAUCCUAGAUAUUAUUCAUGAGUGGAAAACUAAUUCUGUCAAUUAACGCUGACAGGUGCUGUGUUGCUGCCCUCUCUGGCAGGAUUUGACCGAAUUGUGUAAAAUGAGGUGCACAGCUCAAUUCCACUGAAUGCUAAGAGGGGGUAAUUUGAGGAACUGAAUUAUUGCCCGAGUCCUCCUUUAUCCUAAGAAAUCCAAAUGUGUUGCAUAAGCUGGACAAGGUGUCAAAUUCUCAGCUAAUAAACCUGACUCCUCAGCAGGCACAUGACCGUUAAACCAAAUCUCCAACAACACUAUGGAUGCCCUUUUUUUUUCAACUGUACAGAGGGUUAGAAAGGUUGGGGUCAUUGCAUAUUGAGUUCAUCUCCUUUUAAAACAAAAAUCUAAACUGCCACAAACCACUGUUAGAAAUGUCAUGUCGUGUUUUAAUUACACAUUGAGUUUUCAAGUUCCUGAACCAAAUGAAAUGCAAAGGAAUUGACCCCAACCUUGGGAGAUGAGAGGGUUACUGAGGAUCUUGACCUGUCGUGACUGACAGUCGAUGACUGAAUUGAGUAGAGGGCUCAAUACAGGUGGUUAACUGUUAAAUACUUUAUAGUUUAAUUGAAGUUUAGGUACAUUUGAAAACAAGUGCUAUGAGAUUACUUUAAAUAAUCAGAAAAACUGAUUUCAGACUUUAUCCUCAGGAUCCUGAUCAAAUCUUUGGAUUACUUUAUUAUUUUUCUUACUUUGUUCUGUGAUUAUUCUGAGAUCUACCAUAUUUCAAAAGGUUUCUUUCCUCCUGAUACAUCAACUAGCACGAAAUGCAGCGGUAAAGACCCUGAAGAACCAGCAGCACGGCUGCAUGAUUUUUCUGUUGAUAAAAUAAAGAGUUAGGAAGAGAACCCCCCCUUAAAUCCGCAUACUUUUAAACACACUAACUAUUAGAACAGAAGCAGUUUAAUAGAUUUGAGUAUCUAAGAACAAAAGGCUGGAGGGGAAAAAUUAAACAAAUUAAUUUAGUAUGAAUGGGUCUAGAACCGUUAAUUUUCUCAAAUACAUCAUUUGAAAAUGUUGCUAUACUGAGUUCACAGAACAAGCAGGAAAAGUUACACCCACAGUCCUUAUGCUUUUGUUUUUAUAAAGACUAAAAAGGACAUUUUUGUAGCGUAGUCAUCGUUCACAUUCAGGAGAUGAUGAAUUAUUCAUCGGGUGAAAAACUAGAGCAACAGUCCCAGAUGAUAAGAAUCCUUUAUAUUUGUGUUGUGAUGGACCUCCUCAUAGGCUGUGGUUUAGGUCUUGUUUUCCAUUGCGAUCACACCUUUUGUUUUAAGGGGUCCAACUACAUUAUAUUAUACCUUGAAUGUUGAGUGAGUUAUUUUUGCACGGCUUUAAAAGGCAGUAAACCUCAUAAACUGUGUGUAGGUAAUGAAAUGUACGGUUGACAGGAAUGUGUUUGGUUUUACUCUGAAGUUCUGCCAGUGCCGUUUCAGUGGGAGUUUGUGCGCUUAUUUGUGUCAAUUAAUUCAUGGUGACGUGUUCUGCUUCGCUUCCUUCAGGCCUCAUGCAGAUUCACACUUUAUAUACAGUGUACUGUGGGUUUGUGCUGUUCAUGUCCUCUCUGAAUUUCAUCCUUAUUUAUUGAUGUGAAUAUUUGGUUUCAUGUAAACGAAUUGAUGUGAUUUAGCGUAUCUUACUACUUGUCUAAGCCACUUGAUUGUUUUUGAUAAUGUUUACAGAAUAACAGUUUUAUUGGCUCUUACAUAUUUGAACUUAAGCAACAAAUUCAGUGUUAAUAUGAUCUAAACAGUUUGUGCUUCAAUAAAAUACAAAAGGAUGAAUAACCAGACCGUUCUUACCAAAUAAAUACAACUUGCGGGACAAA